AUGACCAAGGCUGAGCUCCAAACGGCGUUCACUCUGAAGGAUCUCGACAUUUUGCGUCGCGACAAAGCGAUGGAGGCGGCGGUGCUCGGCGUCACAUCCCCAGCGCCUUGCGUCGACAUGCAAGUUAACACUACUCGUCUCCUGCCACCGCUCGUGAUGAGCAGCGACGAUGAUUCCGCGACUGCUGCGCAACAUGUCAUUAGCGUGGAAGCGCCACUCAAGCACAGCAGCGAUCCUCACAAACUCGUGAUUCCAAUGUUUUUGUAGAUUUGUUUCCGCACCUCUUCCGC